CUUUUUAAAAUGACAAAAUGCCAAUAAUCAGUUCGAUUAAUCCCAACGAUACCACAAGCACUUCGAUCCUUGCAGUAGCAAACCAGAUGCUGUAAACGUACAGCCUCGCAACGUUUCGUGUAGAUUUUUCACUUCCAAAUGUUUACCGUAUUCAGAGAGAAAACGAUAGAAAAAAAAUGCAAAUGGCGUACGACGGAGGGCUGUAGUGAAUUUUUCUUCGUCAUCCGUUUCUCGUGUUAUACGAUAUUUUACGUGAUGUUUUGGCGGUCGAUUUGUGUACGAAAUUAAAGUUCAAUCGAUGACGAAGUGGAGCAAACUGGAGUACGCCGAUUCGGAUGCGGUUUUGUGUGGCAAUUCGCUGGUGCAUCUUUUUACCCUGCAUUUGGUCCGUGGUGGUGAAGCUGCUGUUGCAGCCAGCGUGAAGCUGGUGAGCAGCCCGCAAGCAGUAGGUGCGUCGUCGCAUCAAAACAAUCCGUGACGCGUGUGACCCGUGUGUGAUCGUUGGUGGUGGUUAUACGCUGGCUGCGCAGUAAACACGAUGUACGGAAUGUGGUGGGGGCAAGAAUUGCAGUCAUCGCUAACAGAUUGAAACAAAACUGCGUGCAAACAAGUGCCAUAUCGAACGCCAACCAACGAAUGCUACGGAUUCGGCAGGUGGCUCGAUACACACCGUUCGAUAGCGUUCGGUUUUGAAAAGUGAGCAAUAUUUUUUCGCGGGUUUUUUGUUUCUUGUAUACGCGGCAAACGAAGACGACGAUAAGGGGACCCCAUUUCACGACCACCACAGUAGACGGAAAACAUUUGCAGUGAGCGAAAACGAAAAAAACGCGCGGUUUUAUAACGAUCUCCCGAACGCCGCAGAACAAAAGAGGCCUCCAACAUGAAUGACGUCGGAAUGAACAGUAAAACCGAGAACAUACUCCCGGCGGCUCCAUCCGCUUGGGAUCAAUUGGCAAACCCUUCGCUGGCCGAGCAACAUCAGACACAACAGCAGCAGCAGCAGCAGCAACACCUACAUCAGGCUCAAUCGCCUCAAAUGCAAGCAUCCAGUCCUACCACAGUCAGUGCACCUUUGCUAACGCCUACGAAAACAACACCACCCGAUGUGGCCCACAUACCAUCGGGCGUUGCACCCGGUGCAGUACCCGGUGCUGCGGUAGGUGCCAACUUCAAUGAGGAACUGUCCCCCGAGCUUACCCAGCAAGGCUGGCGCAAAUUUUGGUCCAAACGGGAAGGGCGACCAUACUUCUGGAACAAGCUGACCGGUGAAUCGCUCUGGGAACCGCCCGGUCUAAACCGUGGACCGCAGCAGUUCGAUCCGCUAACGGAUCCGCUCGGUAUCUGUAGCAAUGGGCCGCUUCCACAUCCGCACAACAGUUACAACAAUUCUCACCCAUCGCCUCACAACCACACGCUGAAACGACGUGCCUCGGAGGAUGCGCAGCAUUCCGGCCAUAUGCCACCGGGAAGCGGGAGUGGUGGUGGUGGUGGCACUGGUGGGCCUCCUCCGCUGAAAAAGUACGUCCUGCCCGGCCCGUGGGAUCUAGAAGUACCUACGAACGUGUUGAUUUACGAACGGUUACCCACUACCUUUCCGCAACCCUACCCGGAGGUGGAAGCACUCCGUGGUUCGCUCACGAUGCGAUUGGGCAAAACGUACGAGGAUCUGUGCAAUAAGCGAGAAUCGAUCGCACCGCCGAAAGAUUCCUUCCAACGGUGGCUCAUCGAGCGGCGUAUCAUCGACCAGGGCGUUGAUCCGUUGCUGCCGAGCCAGUGCCAACCGGAAAUCUCACCCCAGAUGUAUCGCGAAAUAUUGCGCGACAUUCCGAUCAAGAUCGUGAAGCCGAAGUUUACCGGUGACGCACGGAAGCAACUUUCGCGGUACUGUGACGCGGCGAAAAAGAUCGUCGAACGGCGGGGCGCCAGUGAGGAGAGCAAAAAGAUCGUCAAGUGGAAUGCGGACGAAGCGUACGAAUGGUUGCGGCGAACGGUGGGCGCUAGCUACGAGGACUUCCAGGAUCGGCUCGCGCAUCUCCAACGCCAAUGCGAACCGCACAUCAUCGCAACGGUGCGCGUCAGUGUGGAGCAGCUGUGUGCCAAGCUGUAUCAUCUUUCGGUACAGCACGCGCGCAACAUCCGCGAACGACACGCACACAUCCUGAAGGAGCACGGCAUCCCGGAGCUGACGGCACCGCUGCAACCGCCCGUCACGCGCAAGGUUUGGUGCUAUCCGGUGCAGUUUGCGUUACCCUCGCCGCGUAUGCCCCAGAUCGACUACAUUAACGAUCGUGACCAUAUGGUGAUCAAGUACACGAACUCGGCAGUAAUGGCGGCACCGGACACGCACGUAGUGAACAUAUCGCACCUGCAGAAGCUGGAGCAACUGUACCGGUACAACUGUUUCGAUGAUAAAAAGUUCGAUUUUUUCAUCGGCCGGGCGUACUGUAUGCUGAAACGGUAUGCCACCUUUCUGGGGAACAAUGCGAACCCGAACCAGCAGGAACCGGAGCUAACGCAGGCCGCCCUGCCGGCGGUUGUGUUCGAGUGUUUGCACCAUCACUUCAACGUAACGUUCGAAUGUUUUGCCAGCCCGCUGAACUGCUACUUUCGGCAGUACUGUUCAGCGUUCGGUGAUACGGAUUCAUUUUUCGGCUCGAGAGGUUCGUUUCUCGACUUCAAACCGGUGUCCGGUUCGUUCCAGGUGAAUCCACCGUACUGUGAGGAAUUGAUCGACGCCAGUCUGCAGCACAUUGAUCGCUUGCUAACUGAUUCGGUCGAACCGUUAAGUUUCAUCGUGUUUCUUCAAGAAUGGAAAGAUCCACCAUUGAAAUGUUUGUCCAAAAUCGAAGACAGUCCGUACAAACGCAAACAGGUGGUUGUGAUGGGUAUGGAGCAUGAGUAUCGCCACGGGCUGCAGCAUUGUAUACCAAAAUCGGAAGUGAACUUUAAGAGUAUCGUCGGUACGAUGGUGGUGUGGUUACAAAAUGCGGCCGGGUACGCACGAUGGGCCCCCACCGAGGCGCGUGUCGACGCACUGCUGGAAGCAUUCCGUCCGGGUCGCGAGCGUGAUCGGGACAAGGCGACCGCUACUGCCGUACCUGUACAGCCGAGCUGUUCCGCCAGCGCAAGCUCACCCGACGUAGUAACGCCCGGUAACAGUAGUGGCGGCGAAAUUGCGGCCACCGGGCCCGGUAAACCUUCGACGCCAGCCACGGUUUGAAGGGAUGGUGCUAAACUAUUGCUGUGGUAGGGUAAACAGGACGCAUCGACUUCAGAACAAUAGCCCGCAAAGGAAAGAAAACAACAGAACCAGUACAUUUACUAACGGGCAAUCAUUUGAUUCACACAUACAAACUUUAACGUAAUGUUUCGUUUUGGUUUUUAAAUAAAACCCACAUAGCCUAGAUACAGUAGCUCGGUGGCACGUUAUUGUGCCACGAUCACAAAUGCUUCCUUUUUAGCUUGUAAAUGCAACACACAGACCAAUACUACAACUUUACAGCAAUCAUAACAUGAGCAAAUGCACGUUUAAACUGUGGACCUUUUAAUAGAUGCCUAGAGGGAUAUAGAAAGGGAGCCAGAGGGAGAGAGAGGGAGAGAACAGUUUGAUGUGUCCUGUUUAUUAUAAUUAUAAUUGCUUUUCCCUAGAUCCCUCGUCGAUCGAGCAGGAUCGUAUCGGGAAUAAUAAUAUUCUAAGUAAACCAAUCACAAAUGUACGUAACAAACAACAUUUUCUAGAACAAAACCACAACAACAAGAAAACACAUAAAGUAGAGCUACACCUUGGAGUUGGUAGACCAACAUGUGGGGAGGAUUCUCGUUAUCCUAGCAAAUCCCCGCGGCAGCACUAUAACCCGAUCUCUAAUUGACUCUACUCUCCGGCAGGCGGACAGUGUCACGUUUUGGGGCAAAGCUCCAAUCGGGCCAUAUUCAAACGAAGGUAGUAAUAAGUGUACAGUGCAAAGUAUAUAUUAUCUUAAAUUAAUUGUCCGUUCCGUGUGCGAUUCAGUAGCAAAUUGGAUACACGAAUUUUCAUGCGAUCGCACCAAGUGCAAGGACUUCAGCCAAUGUGGAAACAUCAUGGAAUGUUGAAUCGGUUUCUUUCAAUGUUAAAUCUUGUAUAGCUUGAAAUAAUUAGUUGCUUCAUUUGUGGCACAAAUUUAUUGCUUUUUUAAUAUGUAUUUUACCAUUUUCAAAAAUAUAAUUUCUCAUAAAUUCUUAUAGAAUUUUCAAUUUUUAAAUCCGUUGUUUUUUUUAACUGCCCUCAACUCCUUGCGCUUGGUACGAGUGCCAGAAAAUUAGUGUAAGACAAUGAUAAAAUGCAUUACAAUAAUACCUUGAGCACAUCAGGGAACAUCAUAAGUCGGUAAACAAAACAAAAAGUCAUUGUAAAAAGAUGUUGUUUAAGCAAAUUAAUCUUAUUUACUGGACUAGCAGCAGCGUGAAGAGAAGAAGCCUCUGUCCUUCAAAUUGUUCUCCGAGCUUCGUUAGCCCGUCUUGGUGAAAUGAUGUUUAUGUGACCGCCUGAUGCAAAAUGCAUAGGGGAUAGGAAAAAGUGUAGUGUUCAGUUUAGGAACAGUUACAUGCAUAUUCUUAUAUAUAUAUACAUAUAUAUAUUUAUUACAGUACGUUCGUUCGUUCGUUUAAUGUUUAGUUGUUUGCUUAGGAAGACAUUCACAAACAGGAAACAAGUGUUGCGUGUAAUGUGUACGUAAUUACUGGGUCUAUGUAGUAGCGUUUUCGGAUACGGGACAGCAGACAGUUUGUGCUAAGCUGUGUAACGGUGGCAAUUUUAUGUUUUAAUACUAUUAAUAAGAUUUAAUCGGAGCAUGUGAGAUUACACCCUAGGUCUUAUCAAACCUUCCCUCGCUGGGUCUAGUGCGUGUAGAGCAUUCAACCUUCCAACCGUUUCGUUUUUUGUGUUUUUUCAUAAAACGGUUACAGACAGGCAGCAUAUUAAAAGCGAAGGGAUGUAGUGUAAGCUGGCGGGUUUUAUUAAGCGAGUUGGAAACCGAACCGCAGGAGAUCAAUUUUGCGGUAAAAUCUAUUUUGUCUUGAUAACAGUGAACGAAGAAAGAACAUUUUUGUUAUUUAAAUAGUUUAAACAAUUAUACAUACAAUAGUACAUCGUUUAUCGUUGGUUAAGCUUGUAACAGCUCGUAUCGAUCGUGAAAAAGGCACCAUUGUUCUAACAUCAACUGCAUACAGCAGCAGCACCAUGUUGCUGAUACGUACAACAAUACACUCGUCCUUAUGUCUAUUUUAACAGGCAAUUGAUGCAACCAAUUCAUCAUAAAACAAACGGGAAUUUAUGCACGACGGCCGAGAGGAUAAAGGGGUUAGUUUGCCCGUCAACAGUUCAAUGAAACAAUGUACAAAUUAAAAAUUGCACCCUUUUCUCUUAGAAACUGAAGUCUAACCGCAAAAUCCCAUCUUCAGGGGGCUGCAAGAAGCGGUCACAUGGCGUCGUAAUAAGCUUAUUACAUAUAAUAAAAUCAGUUUUUAGAUCGAGCCACAAUGUUACAGAUUGAACCAAUAAACAACAAAAACCUA